CUGUAGGUGAACGGUAGGGAGGUCUGUGUACAGACCGGUACGACCGUUUCAAAACUGACACCCAGUGGGCCGCAAGGAUUUCCGGCGGCCUAGUAGGUGAAACAAACAUGGGGAACUCAGAGAGCGGCUGCGGUGGAGGGAGCGGCGACGAAGAAGAUAUAGAGACCGAGAGUCCUGCUUACGCGGAAGACAGUCCGGCCUCUGCGGCCACUGGCGGUGGUGUUGGAGCCACCGGUUCUGGGAGAAGCGGAAGGAUAUCGAAUAACCUACCCGCACCCACCGGUGGACCACCUAACCACGGGGUCCUUUUGGAGCAAGUGAAACUAAGAGAAGCAGCUGCUCGUAUUAGCGACUCAGGAGUCGCCAUUCACGAGUCUGUCCUGUUCGGGAAUGAAGGAGUCCUGAUGCGAUGGUUGGAGGACCGGUUAAACCGAGGCGAGGAGUCUGUUCACGUUGAACAAUUUUGCGAAAUGUUGGAAAGCAGAGAUGUUCCGAGGGAUGAAUGUGAAGAGGCCUUUGGACAGUUUGAUGCAGAGGGGGAUGGAGUGGUGGACAUUGAGAGCAUGCUUCUCGCCCUUAAGAACUCAAAUGGAGCUAAUCUACAGGGAGAGCUGAGUCAUGUGAUAAGACAGCUACAGGCGUGCUCCCUAACCCCAGGUUUUGUUGACAUAUUUUCCAAAACCAAAGACCGGUUAGGAGCACAUGCCUCUAAAAUUCUUAAAUUCUUACACAGGAAUCGUAUUCCCAGCAGUGCCAUCCCUUUCCCUAUUUUAGAGGGCUACAACAGUAUCUGCACCAUGAGGUCCAGUGUGGUUCAGGACUUCUUGGAGUUCCUCUUGCAGAAGGAGAAAGAUUUAGAUAUCCAAUACAGAGCAGAACUUGACCGUGAUCCAGAUGUAGAUAAAGUCAAGGUUGUCACACAGUGCUACAGUACAAUAGAGGCUUCUUCCAACGUUGCUGACAUAUACAAGAUGACAAACGGAGAAACUGCAUCUUUCUGGCAGUCAGAUGGCAGCGUUCGAUCACACUGGAUAAGGCUGAAAAUGAAACCAGAUGUGGUUUUGAGACGUCUGGCCAUUGCCGUUGCCUCCAAUGACCACAAUUAUAUGCCUCAGCUGGUUUCAGUUGCUGUUGGGAAAAAUCGGCAUUCCCUGCAGGAGAUCAGAGACAUCCGCAUCCCCAGCAAUGUCACGGGCUACGUAGCUCUCUUGGAGAAUGCAAAUAUAACGCACCCAUACAUCCAAAUCAACAUUAAACGAUGCCUGAGUGACGGAUGUGAUACUCGGAUUCAUGGUUUGAAGACACUUGGCUAUCAGAUUACUAAGAGUAAAGAGGUGUCUGUUUCGGAUGCUUCGGCCAUCUGGUACCUGUCUCUCCUCACCUCGCUUGUCACAGCAUCCAUGGAGACUAACCCUGCUCUGGCUCACACUGUCCUACAGAGCACACAGAAAGCCUUACAGCACAUGCCCCCUUUGUCCCUGACACCAUCAUCCACUGAGUUCCCCAAGUUCUUCUCUUUGAACAUCCUGGAGGAGGUGGAUGGGUUUCUCCUCAGGAUAGCAGACUGCUGCUUGAGUCCCGAUGCAGAGUUAACUCUCUUAGCGUUUGCCCUAGCCAGAGGCAGUGUGGCAAAAGUACUCCAGGCCUUGUCCUGCAUCACUGAUCAUCUAGAGACUAAAUACAAGGCUUCCUCCCUCAUUGUCUCUAUGGCCUCUGUUAGGCUGCGACUGCUCUAUCGCAAUGGGAAGCCCCUCCAGUUGCACCUGCAGGCUUGUGACGUCAAAAGCAAAGAGGAGAAAUCAGGACCAGAGAACAUGCUCACAGAGUCUUCCAGUGGAGAUGGUUUUCUCUCAGAAAGCGGUAAAAGAAAGGCCAGCGUGAUCUUAUCUACAGAGGAUCAGAGUAGCUUCCAGGUCACUCAAAUGAAGAUCAAAGUGCGAAAAGGAACCAUUGGUGCAAAAUGUGGUUUGGUGUUUGCAUACAAGGAUGAGGAACCUUUUGAUGCAGAGAAACAUUUCAAGAGGUUCAAGAAGUAUGACAUGUGGAGCUUCAAGGACUACAAAGAAUUUUUACAAGACAAGAUUCCAGCACAGAGUGAAGACGAGCCAGUCGGCUGGUUUGAGCUUGAAGAUGACUGGAAUGAUGUCGAGAUCAAGCUGCAGCAGUGUCGUAUUGCAAAGUUCCUGAUGGUGAAAUUCCUCUGCACCAGGCAGGACUCGGCUGAACGCCUUGGUGUUCAGUCCCUCAGCUUCAGUGGCUACUUGUGCCGAGGGACAGAGAGGCUUGGGGACCUGGAUGACCUCAAUACACAGGCAGAGAGCUUUGAUCAAAAUGCUGUCACUGGCCUUUGCCUCCUAAACAAGACAUUAUUCUUCAUACAGCAGCUUACACAAGACAUGGAUGCCUCUCACUUUAAGCAGAAGUAUCUUCUGGACUUCAGUGGUCUCAGCUUGAGCCUCUUCUGGAACUUCUACAGUAAACUCAGGGAGAUUGAGGGAGAGGAGGUAUUGAAGAGCAGAGUUCUGCUUCUCCAGUUAAUGCAGAAUUGUUUUCCUAUGCUGCCAAACCCACUGGAGCCUCGGAGCACUGAGGAGAACAAGGGUCUAGAAGACGGUGCCUCUGCUUCAGCAGGUCCAUCCACACCCAGCACUGGGGAGCCUCUUGGUGACUCGGCGAGGGCUGUGUCAGAACUCUAUGCUCACCUCUGCCACAUUGUUGAUGGCCCAGGGGGUGAGACAUUAGUGGAAAGAGCUUUGCACAAAGAAGCAGUCAAGGCUAUUCUUAACGGAGCAGCUGUUUUCUUCCCUGAUAAACAUGAAAGGCGAGACAGACUCUUUCACAUGAUGAAAAAUAUUACAGAAGAGGAUCAGCCAGAGUCAGUGAAGGUCACAUUUGAAUCUCUUUGUAACUACUUCAGCGACCAGGAUCCAAGCGGCCUUCUCUUGCUGCCUCCUAAAGGAGCUUCCUCAGACUUUGACACCAGCCCCAUUCUGUCAGUCAUGGAAACACUGCUACUGGUAGCAACCAGAGAGUGUGAGGUUAUGAUGGGGGAUGAAAGCGGUGGAGCCAGCAGGACAGUGCUGCUGUCUUUGUUCUGGGCUUUGCAGGGAAGCCUGCUUUCCUGGUGCUACCUUCAGCUCAAAGGUGGAGCUUCAACACCUGUGGCACUGGAGCUGACCAGAGACAUCCUGCUAAAAUAUGUGGAUCAGUUCCUGGGUAGUAUCAAAGCUGUUCUGGGCUCCCUGCUGGAGAGGUACACCAGUACUCAAAUAACUGACAAAUUAGGAAGCUCCAUCCUUGCCACAGUCUUCAGACAACUGAUGAUUUUCCUCUUGGAGCUUUGCUCUUUGGAUAUCCCCCACAGUGUGCUGCUGAAGAGCUUCUCCUCCCUGGUUGAGCUUCUGAAAAGCCUUUCAAGUGAUACUGGAGACAUCUUCUCUAAAGUGGAUCAAGAGAGCUGGCACCAACCUCAGCAGCCAGUGGUGCUCAGGACCUGGAACAUGGAGUCUCCUCACAACUAUGAGAACAGCCACCAUGAAACCACCAUCUUUGCCUGCCCGGGCGCCAGCUCAUUUGAGGUGGAGUUUGAUGAACGCUGUGAGACAGAGAAGAGAUACGACUAUUUAGAGUUUACAGAUUCUCGAGGUGGGAAGGUGCGCUAUGAUAUGAAGGUUGGAACUGAAAAAUGGCCAAAGAAGGUAACAUUUGAUGCAGGCCCUCAGCUGCAGUUCCUCUUUCACUCUGAUAGCAGCAAUAAUGAGUGGGGUUACAAGUUCACUGUAACAGCCCUGGGUCUGCCAGACAUCACUCUUUCUUGGAUGUCAGACCUGCAGCUGUUGGUGGCACGUCUGAUGGGCCGCCUUGCUUCCAGAACCCUGGCAUUGAAAUCUCCUUAUGAGAUUCGCACCAUAAAGGAGCUUCCACCAGGGAAAAUGUCCCAUGUUCAGUCUUCACCUCUUUGGAAACCCAUCCUGCAACACGGAUUGUGUGAAACACGGGAGACAAAUCGGGGUAAAACAACCCCAGAUCAGACAAAAACAUGGACUGUUGAUGAGCUAAUGGUCUUUCUGGAGGAUUUUGCCCGUUGGAACCCCUCCCAAGACCUGACAGACAGUAGAACAGAGUUAAUGAGGACCCUCAUGCAGUCUUGCAGAAAACAGCUAAUGAGAAAUGAGAUUGCAGCAGGGUCAAAGACAGACCAAGCUGUUAAUGCCAUAUGGGCAGCCAUGGUAUACCACACACCAGCUCUCAGUCUGGCCCUGAAGACCUACGUGGAUCAAGACUGUAGGUCCUGUCUAAGUGAAGAGUUUGUGCAGGUAUAUUCACUGGCAGACAGCAUCAGAACAUGGAUGCUGGAAAUGAAGCAGAGAUUCUUAGUUAGCAAAAUGAACCUUUCUGAUGAUAAAGAAGGGGAUCAUGAGGAAGUUACCAUGGAGACACUAGCUGAGAUGUGCAUUGAGAAGAGCCUUUUGCUGUUUCGAUUUGCUCCUUGUGGAAAACUGUGCCAGGGCAGUGAUGCCCUCAAAGCGACAGAGGGCAACAUUGUUCCACUUCUCCGCUCAAGUUCGAUCUCCGAAGGAGACUUCCAGCCCAGCUCCUCUUCAGGCCCUCAGACUGGAGGGUCUGAGGAAGGCAGUGAGGCCAAGACAGGACAGAGCCAGCAAUCCAACGUUCAAGUUUUAAACCCAUCGUCCUGUGAACACAGCAAGCGAGGCCACAGAGACUCCACUGAGAGUCUCUCAUCCCAGCCGGGGGAGCCGGCCUCACCCUCUACCCUCUCUCGGAAAGCCCCAUUCAGUCGAUCUCGACUUCGCCUCCUGUCCUGCCGCUCGAUCGAAGAACCCCGGAUGACCUCCUCUGUCAAGGAUCGCUACCCAAUACUCAAACACAUUCUUAACUUCAUAAAGGACCAGGCUCUCACUACAGCAAGCAUUCUGCACACCCUGGCCCUGAACAAAGCGCAGGCUCUGAGCGUGUGCAAGGUGCUGGAGAUGGUUCAGCAGUGUUUACGUGCCCUGGGACAGCCACAUCUUUUCCAAGCCCCCUGCAUCCUGUUCCUGCAGGAGCUGCUUGCAUGUCAGAAAGACUUCACCAGUUAUUUCUCUCAGUUGUCAGACGGUGGGCAGAAGCUUGGAGAGGAGGUGAGGACUUCUUACCAUCAGCUGGUGCUCAUGCUGGUGGAAGCUGUACAGGGCUUCAGUAGCCUUAAUGAAAAAGUUCUGCUACCGGCCCUGUCAUGUGUGCAAACCAGCUUGUUGCACCUCCUAGACAUGAACUGGGAGGUGUACGACCUUCCUCUCUUCCUAAGCAUCAAGCUUCCUGACCUCCUGCUCAGCAUGUCCCAGGAGAACAUCAGUGUUCAUGACAUUGCUAUCAGUCAGUGGACAGAAGAGGAUGAAAUUGCAGAUUACAAGAAGAACCAGGAGUGGAUGGAUGAAUGUAUGGAUGGCAUGUUUGAGAAAUGGUAUGACAAAAUUGACGAAGAGGAAUCCACAGAGGACAAAAGAAAAAUGCACAUGUUCAUCGCCCGCUAUUGCGACCUGCUCAAUGUGGUUAUCUCCUGUGAUGGCUGUGAGAGAAUGGCGCCCUGGCACCGCUACAGAUGUCUGCAGUGCAUGGAUAUGGAUCUCUGCAAGACCUGCUUCCUCAGUGGUGCCAAGCCUGAAGGCCACGAGGAUGAUCAUGAAAUGGUGAACAUGGAAUAUGCCUGUGACCACUGCCAAGGGCUCAUUGUAGGCAGCAGGAUCAACUGCAACGUGUGUGAAGACUUUGACUUGUGCUUUGGUUGUUACAAUGCAAAGAAGUAUCCAGAUAGUCACCUACCCACCCAUCGGAUCACCGUGUACCCCAUGGUGACCAUUCGCAUCAGUGAUCGUCACCGCCUGAUCCAGCCCUACAUUCACAACUAUUCCUGGUUGCUGUUUGCUGCGUUGGCUUUGUAUACAUCAGAACUGAGCAGUGAGAAGCAGAUGGAGGGAGAGCCAUUAAACAACAAGUCUUUGGACCAAGCCUUUGCUCUGCAGACUCGUUGCUCCCAACUCAUCACUGACUGCUUGCUCAAAGGACAGACUGGCAAAGGUCUUCGUUCCUCAACCUUGCUCGUUCUGUUAUCCUCCAAUGAAUCAGCGUCUGACAGUGAGCUGUGUCCAGUUUCUCCAGAGUCCUCUCAGGAGCUCAGUACAGCUACUGACACCUCCUCCCUCCCUGGCAGUACCGCUGCAGUCUGCUCUCCAUCAUCUCCCAAGGACAUGAGUAAACCAUCAGGCAAGGAGAAAAAGGCAAAAGAAGUGAGCUCUCCUCCUGCUGCUCCUAUCGAGGUGUCAUUACCCCAAAGCUCUGGAGAGGGUGUCAAAAAGAGGCUGGUUACUCAAGACACUCUCGACUCUCCGAGCCUCAGCCAGACUCCCUCUGUGUCCAGCGAAGACCCUCUCUCUCCUGUGGUUCGACUUUUAGAGUCGGGACCAGAGUCUCACGUUGCCAAAGAGACGGAUGCAAGGCUCCCCCAGGUCCCCCUUCAGACACACGUGUUUUCAGAGUGCUCAAGAGAAAGGAUCUUGGGACUACUAGCUGCAAUGCUACCCCCAGCUAAACCAGGCAUCACCCUGUCCCUGCCCAGUCUGAGCUCCAUCCUGCCCCAGCUUUUCAGGGCAGUCAUCUCCAACACAGGCUCUCUCAAUGAGACCUACCACCUCACAAUGGGACUCCUGGGUCAGCUGUUGCUCCGGAUCCCUCCGACUGAAGCUGAUGCCGCUGUCACAGAGGCCCUGGCUGACAAAUACGAGAUGCUGAUGCAAGGCGAGGCAGCUUGUUCAGACACCCAGGGAUGGAAGACCACCCAGCUGCUUUUCAGCCUUGGGGCUGUCUGUUUAGACAGUCGUAUUGGUCUGGAUUGGGCGUGCACAGUGGCAGACAUUUUACACAGCCUGAAUGCCUGUCCUGAGUGGAGCACAGUCAUCACUGCCUUCACUGAUCAUUGCAUUCAGCAGCUGCCACAAACUCUGAAACGCACCAACCUCUUCACACUUCUGGUGCUGGUGGGCUUUCCUGAGGUGCUCUGCGUGGGCACACAGACGGUGUUUAUUGACAACGCAAAUGAGCAGCACAACAUGAUAUUACUCAAACACUUCACAGAGAAGAACCACGCUGCAGUGGUGGAUGUUAAGACACGCAAGAGGAAGACAGUAAAGGACUAUCAACUCAUCCAAUCUCAGGAUUCCACCACAAUCAGUUUCCCCUGGCAGUCAGGGAGCCAGGGCUGCCAAAAGACACUUCUCAGUCGCUACCUGAAUAAUUUCACCGUCAUUAUUAGCCACCUGUUACAGACAAGCCAAGACAAUGGUUCUCCUGAUGCUGUGGAAGCUUCCUGGGUUCUGUCUUUGGCUCUUAAAGGCCUCUACAACACACUCAAGAAGCACGGAGUGGAGCAAGCGCAGGAGGCCAUCCAGCAGUCGGAGCUGACCCAGCUGCUUGUCAGGAAGUGCAGCAAGGGGACUGGCUUCAGCAAGUUGUGGCUGCUCCGAGACCUGGAGAUUCUCUCUAUCAUGCUCUACUCCUCCAAGAGGGAGAUCCAUUCCAUGGCUCAAGACCCUGAGAGAGACCAGAAAGAGCAGGACAAGGAACACGACUCGGACCACUCCAGUUCCUGUGCUGACGAUGGUGACGUCAACAGGCCUGACCCUUUAGAAGAUCUUGAUGAGGAGACAAAGAUUUGCUUCCAAAUCACCCAUGAUGCCUUAAACGCUCCUCUGCCAAUCCUGCGAGCCAUGUAUGAACUGCAGAUGAAGAGGACUGACUCCUUUUUCCUGGAGGUGCAGAAGAGAUUUGAUGGAGAAGAAAUAAAAACUGAUGAGAUCAUCCGAAAGCUGGCUCAGAAGUGGCAACCUUCCAGGCGGCCUCGAUCUGAGGAUAAGAACACCAAGGCAGUAGACACUGACAUGAUAGUGGUGACUAGCAUGUCUAAACCCAGUCACUGUGAAAAAGCCACAGAAGAAAUCAAUGUUGUGGCCCAGAAGCUCAUCACCAAUUCAGAGAGUGACUUACAACUCAGCUAUGCUAAACAAAGACGCUCCAAAAGCUCAGCUCUGCUGCACAAAGAGCUGGAUGUUCGCAGCAAUCGGGCUGUUCGACAGUACCUAGUUAAGGUCAACCAGGCUAUCGCCACGCUUUACGCUCGGCACGUGCUGGCUUCGCUCCUGGCAGACUGGCCUGCAGAGGCAGCGCUGAGUGAGGAGGCCCUGGAGCUGAAUGGGGCCUCACACAUGGCUUAUAUCCUGGACAUGCUAAUGCAGCUGGAGGAGAGGCCACUCUGGGAGAAGAUUCUCCAGAGGGUGUUGAAGGGCUGCAGUCAGAGUAUGCUGUGCAGUCUGUCUCUCACUGCUUGCCAGUUCAUGGAGGAGCCAGGUAUGGCCGUGCAGGUCAGAGAGUCCAAACACCCAUACGACAACAACACCAACUUUGAGGACAAGGUGCACAUCCCUGGGGCCAUCUACCUGUCUGUGAAGUUUGACUCCCGCUGCUACACAGAGGAAGGCUGUGAUGAGCUCAUCAUGUCCAGCAGCAGUGAUUUCCUCCAGGAUGUCCACAACUUCAGUGGAUCUCCUCAGAAAUGGUCUGACUUUGAGAUCCCAGGUGACACCCUGUACUACAGGUUUAUGUCAGACAUGAGCAACACAGAGUGGGGCUACAAGUUUGCUGUUACAGGAGGCCACAGGGGGCGUUUUCAGACAGGUUUUGAAAUACUGAAACAAAUGUUAGCUGACGAUCAAGUGCUCAGUCAUCUGCCACUGCCUGAUAUCUGGGAGUGGCAAGUGGGUGUGGCAUGUCGUCAGACUGGAAACCAGCGACUCAAAUCCAUCCACUUGUUGCUCCGCCUGCUGCAGUGUCAGUCCCAGGCAGCCUGUGAGCUGACACUGCUUCGACCCCUGUGGCAGCUCUUCAUCUCUAUGGAAAACGGCCUGAACCAGGAUCCUACCAGUAUCACUGUGCUGCUGCCUCUUCACAGAGCUCUCACUGAGCUCUUCUUCAUCGCAGAGGCCCGAGCCGUGACACAGGGCAUCCUCCAGGACUACUUACUAGCCAUGACCACUGAUGAGCAACUCCUCAAUCACACUGCAAUGGCUCUGAAGAACAUUGUCGCCAUCAGCCUGGCUAUCAAUUACCCCAAUAAAUCCACCAAGCUACUCAACAUGUCCCCAUGAGAGGUUCCCGGAUAAAAA